AUGAAUAACAAACAACCAAAAUAUCAAGAAGAUGAUUUUUAUGGUUCAGAUGAACAUUUUGAAAAUGAUGAAAUUAAAAAAGUUGAUUAUUUAUCAAAUAAAGAUUUAGAUAGAUCAAUUCAAAAAAUUGCACCCAUAGGAUACACUGAUGGAUUAGAGAUUGGAAAAGAAUUAACAUUACAAAGAGGAUUUAAUGAAGGAUUUAAAGAAGCAUCAGGUAUUAGUUAUAAAUGGUCAUUAUUAUUAGGUUUAGUUAGUUCAGUUGAUGUAUUCUUUCAUAAUAAUAAACAAACAAUGUUUGAUCAAGAGUCAAAAGAUACAUCUAUUUUAAGUAAUUUGGUUGAUAAAAUUAAUAGAUUAAUAAAAGAACAUUGUAGCUCUCCAACAAUUGAACAACUUAAAGAUGAAUUCUUAAAUUUUAAAGAUAUUUCAAUAAACGAUAAAGAUCAAACUACAACAUCAACCUCAACAGAAUUACCAACAAAAUCAUGUAAAAAUGAAGAAUCUGAAUGUUGUGGUAAUGGUAGUUGUGAAAAAGAAGUUGAAAAUGAAAAAUGUGAAGAUGAUGAUGAUGACAGUGAUGGUUGUUGUGGUGGUGGUGGUAAUACUAAUGAUCAAGGUUGUUGUAAAUCAAAAAACAAUAAAGAAGAAGAAGAAGAAACUAAACAACUUGAGAAAUUUCAAUUCAUCAUAGAUAAAAUGGGUGGUCAAUUAUUUGAUGAAUUAAGUAAAGAGUGUGUUGAUACAAUCUCUUCAUUCGGACUUGAUGGUCAAAAAAUGUUAAAUGAUUGUUUAUCAAAAAAGUUUAGGGUUACUAUCAAUUAA